GGCGGCGCCCUGGUGGGAGGGGUUCCGUACAGAGGCCUCGUUGUGGCCCCGCCUACCGCCGCCGCCGAGGAAGAGAGACUCCUCACAGGCGCAAGAUGGCGGCUCCCAGGGCGGCGUGAAGGCGCCUGGAGCCCGCAGCUUGCCCAACGGUGCCGUACAGAGGGGAGGGAUCGAGGGGCCCGUUGUGCUUGGAAGCCGGAGGGAGGGAGCCCUGGCUUAGAACUCCGGGUCGGGAAGCAGGCAGGAUCAGAGGGGGAGACGCGCCGGGUGGGGGGGACGAAGGGGAGGCGGCUUCUCCCUCCCUGCGGCCGCCAUUUUCCGUCCGGGCAACACAAGAUGGCGGCUCCCAGGGCCGGGCUCUGAGCGGGGCCCGGAGGAGGGCGGCAGAGGGGCCCUACUACGAGGGGGGUGGAGUAACUGCCCCACGCGGGGUAAUUCCCUCGGAAGGGAAAUUAGUAUAGCUUUUCAAAAGGGGAGAGGCAAAAAAGAGGUGAUUUUGUUAUAGACCCCCUCUUCCUACCACAAGGGGAGGGUAUUUGCCCCAUAGAGAGGCUGUCCUACGUGGGGGGGGGGACAAGGUGAUCUAAACUCGAGCGGAGGAUUAACAGCUCCACAGUAAAGGGGCACGUUCGUUUUCUAAGCAGUAACUGCCUCAAGUGGAAAAAAUACAGGCUGAUGACUGGUUGUUAGAAAAGAGACUGAUUUGAGAGUUGGAAAGUGCUUUCUAUGGCUGCCGCCUCUCCUAUUGCCCCUAGUGGGGGCUCCCCAACAGGUGGCAGGACCACCCCAGGGUUAUUGCAGCCCCGCUGGAAGCGUGUGGUUGGGUGGUCAGGCCCUGUGCCUCGGCCCCGACAUGGGCAUAGAGCUGUGGCCAUCAAAGAGCUGAUUGUGGUCUUCGGAGGGGGCAACGAGGGCAUCGUGGAUGAGUUGCAUGUCUAUAACACAGCUACAAAUCAGUGGUUCAUCCCAGCUGUGCGGGGAGACAUCCCUCCUGGUUGUGCCGCCUACGGCUUCGUUUGUGAUGGGACCCGUCUGCUGGUGUUUGGGGGAAUGGUGGAAUAUGGCAAGUACAGCAACGACCUCUAUGAACUUCAGGCCAGCCGUUGGGAGUGGAAGAGACUGAAAGCCAAGACUCCCAAGAAUGGACCUCCACCCUGUCCGCGGCUUGGCCAUAGCUUCUCAUUGGUGGGCAACAAGUGCUACCUGUUUGGGGGCUUGGCCAAUGACAGUGAAGACCCUAAGAAUAACAUUCCCAGGUACCUGAAUGACCUCUAUAUCUUGGAGCUACGUCCAGGCUCUGGUGUGGUGGCCUGGGACAUCCCCAUCACUUACGGUGUACUGCCUCCACCGCGGGAGUCCCACACUGCUGUAGUGUACACAGAAAAGGACAACAAAAAAUCCAAACUGGUCAUAUACGGCGGCAUGAGCGGUUGUCGUCUUGGUGACCUCUGGACACUUGACAUCGAAUCUCUGACAUGGAACAAGCCCACCCUGAGCGGGGUGGCUCCCCUCCCUCGCAGUCUGCAUUCGGCCACAACUAUUGGGAACAAGAUGUAUGUAUUUGGAGGCUGGGUGCCCCUUGUAAUGGAUGAUGUCAAAGUGGCGACACAUGAAAAGGAAUGGAAAUGCACAAAUACUCUGGCCUGCCUCAACCUUGACUCCAUGGCUUGGGAACCCAUACUGAUGGACACGCUGGAGGACAAUAUUCCACGGGCACGAGCUGGGCACUGUGCUGUGGCCAUCAAUACCCGCUUGUAUAUCUGGAGUGGCCGUGAUGGCUAUCGCAAAGCCUGGAAUAACCAGGUUUGCUGCAAGGAUCUGUGGUAUCUUGAGACAGAGAAACCUCCGUCCCCGUCACGGGUACAGCUGGUUCGUGCCAACACCAAUUCCCUGGAAGUGAGCUGGGGCUCUGUCCCAACUGCUGAUACUUACUUGUUGCAGCUGCAGAAGUAUGACAUCCCAGCUGCCACUUCGCCAGCUGCCAAUCCUGUACCCUCAGUGCCUGUCAACCCGCCCAAGAGCCCCGCUCCAGCCGCAGCUGCUCCUGCUGUGCAGCCACUGGCACAAAUGGGCAUUACCCUGCUGCCUCAGACCACAGCUGUUGCUGCUGCUGCCGUUGCCGCUGCACCUGCCCCACCUACCACAACCACCAUCCAGGUGCUGCCUACUGUGCCUAGCAGCCCAAUGCCAGUGCCACCUGCUGCCGCCGCCACUCCUCGACCUCAAGCUGUCCCUGCUGUGCUGAAGGUUACAGGCCCACAAGCUACUACGGGGGCUCCAUUGGUGACAGUGCGUUCAGCAGGGCAGGCUGGGAAGGGCCCAGUGACAGUGACUUCACUGCCAGCUGGGGUGCGCAUGGUGGUACCUACGCAGAGCACUCAAGGGACGGUGAUUGGCACUAGUCCCCAGAUGAGUGGCAUGGCUGCUCUGGCGGCGGCGGCAGCUGCUACUCAGAAAAUUCCACCAUCCUCAGCUCCUACAAUGCUGAGUGUGCCUGCUGGCACAACCAUAGUUAAGACUGUUGCUGUUUCACCAGGCACCACCACACUACCCACCACAGUUAAAGUAGCCUCUUCUCCCGUCAUGGUGAGCAACCCUGCAACCCGCAUGUUGAAGACGGCAGCGGCCCAGGUUGGCACCUCAGUUUCUUCGUCCACCACCAAUACACCUACCCGGCCCAUCAUCACCGUGCACAAGUCGGGCACUGUCACUGUAGCACAGCAAGCCCAGGUGAUGACCACUGUGGUGGGUGGAGUGACAAAGACCAUCACGUUGGUGAAAAGUCCCAUCUCAGUGCCUGGAGGCAGUGCAUUGAUUUCCAACUUGGGUAAAGUGAUGUCUGUUGUUCAGACGAAACCUGUCCAGACGUCAGCUGUGACAGGCCAGGCGUCGAGUGGCCCUGUGACCCAGAUAAUACAGACCAAGGGCCCCCUGCCUGCUGGCACUAUCCUGAAACUGGUGACCUCGGCAGACGGCAAGCCCACCACAAUCAUCACCAGCUCUCAGGCAGGUGGUACAGGCACCAAGCCUACCAUCCUGGGCAUCAGCAGUGUCUCUCCAAACACAACAAAGCCCGGCACCACAACCAUAAUCAAGACCAUCCCCAUGUCUGCUAUUAUUACCCAGUCAGGUGCCACAGGUGUCACCAGUAGCCCUGGGAUCAAGUCUCCCAUCACCAUCAUCACCACAAAAGUGAUGACUUCUGGCACUGGCACGCCUGCCAAGAUUAUCACAGCAGUACCCAAGCUGGCCACAGGACAUGGGCAGCAGGGUGUAACACAGGUGGUGCUUAAAGGAGCACCAGGUCAACCUGGCACUAUCCUGCGAACAGUCCCUAUGGGUGGAGUGCGGCUUGUUACCCCUGUCACUGUGUCUGCUGUCAAGCCCACUGUCACCACCUUGGUGGUGAAAGGAACUACAGGUGUCACAACCUUGGGCACUGUAACGGGCACAGUCUCAACUAGCCUAGCUGGGGCUGGGGGACACAAUACCAAUGCUUCCUUGGCUACACCCAUUACUACUUUGGGCACCAUCGCCACACUUUCUAGCCAGGUCAUCAACCCAGCUGCCAUCACAGUCUCAGCAGCACAGACUACCUUGACAGCAGCAGGAGGCCUGAGCACUCCCACCAUCACCAUGCAGCCUGUCUCCCAGCCCACACAAGUGACCCUGAUUACAACACCUAGUGGUGUAGAGGCCCAGCCAGUGCAUGACUUGCCUGUCUCUAUCUUGGCCUCGCCUACUACAGAGCAGCCGACAGCCACCGUCGCAAUUGCUGAAUCAGGACAGGGAGAGCCACAGCCCGGCACUGUCACUUUGGUGUGCUCCAAUCCACCAUGCGAGACGCAUGACACUGGCACAACCAACACAGCCACGACAACUGUGGUGGGCACUUUGGGUGGGCAAACCCAGGUGCAGUUUGUGUGUGAUGGUCAAGAGGGUGGUGGGCUUCAGCCCAAUGGGAGAGUGGUGCGAAUAUGCUCCAAUCCUCCUUGUGAGACCCACGAAACAGGCACCACCAACACGGCUACCACUGUGCGGAGCACUGGGCAGAAGGUGUGCUCCAACCCGCCCUGUGAGAUGCAUGAGACAGGCACCACCAAUACAGCCACCACUUCCAGAACAGAGAAGGCACCUGCGGAUCCACCUUGCCAAACUUUCCAGACUAGUGCCACUAGCACCACCAUGACAGUGAAGCCCAUUGUGGGCACAGGUCGGCUAGUGUGCUCCAAUCCACCCUGUGAAACCCAUGAAACGGGCACCACCAAUACAGCCACCACUGCCACCUCCAACAUGGGCCGGGGGCAACCAGAUGGUGGGCAGAAAGAACCAACCAACCCUCCGUGCCAAACAAAGCAGACUAAUACCACCAGCACCACCAUGUCGGCAAAAGCAGGUGUGCCAACAGAGCAACCAUGUGCGGUCCGUAUGGUAAACUUUACAUCAGAUUCUGGUGUACCCAGUGUUGCCUGUGGCACCACCACAGUACAGGCCAGUGAAAGACUUCCAGCCCCCAAAAGCCUCCAGUGCGAAUCCCAACACACCCACACCACCAACACUGCCACUACAGCUCGGUGUCUCAUGGGCCGAGGGCAGCCUGACGGUGAGUGGGUAGGAUCCGCCAAUCCUCCGUGCCAAACACAGCAGACCAAUUCCACCAGCACCACCAUGUCUGCCAAAGCAGGUGUGCCUACAAAGCAGCCGUGUACUGUGCGGAUCAUAUUGCCAGAUUCAGACACUAGGCCAGGCCACUCAAGCGCACCCUGUAAGGCCAACCAAACGGAUGCCAAGGUCACAGGCCCUCAGGUGUGCUCCAACCCACCUUGCGAGACUCACAAAACAGGCACCACUAAUACAACUACUGUAACUGCAUCAAACGUGGGUGCAGUCCAGCGAGUUUGCUCCAACCCACCUUGCGAGACUCAUGAAACAGGCACCACCAACACAGCUACGACAGCCACUUCCAGCAUGGGCACAGGACAGCAAGUGUGCUCCAACCCACCUUGUGAGACCCAUGAGACUGGCACCACCAACACAGCCACAACCACAACAUCAAACAUGGGCACAGGGCAGGGUGAAGGUACUGGGCAAGGUGAAAGUGCUCAGCAGUCUCCUGUUGCUCCACCCAGUGAAACACAGCAGACAAGCUCCAGCAGUAGUACCAUGGCGCCCAGCACUGGAAGUGAUGGCACCCAAAUUUCCAACUCAACCUCAUUACAGGGUGGUGGUUCUGAAUCAGGAAAAGCCUCUGAGGGAGAAGGUCCAGGCACAGAUGGGUCACUGCUUCAGAACUCGGCAGCCAGAGUAUGCUCAAAUCCUCCUUGUGAAACCCAUGAGACGGGAACAACCCACACAGCUACCACUGUCACCUCCUCCAUGGGGUCCAAUCAAGACGAGCCACCUGCCACCAAUGGCCAACAAGGAGAACCCGAGACAACUGUGAGUGAAAGCACAGCCGCCAGCAGCCCCAGUACUGUGACAGCCACUGUGUCCUCCACGCAGCCCAGAGCUGUCACCACCGUUACCCAGUCAACACCUCCACCAGGGCCCUCUGUGCCAAACAUCUCUUCAUUGGCUGACACUCCUGCGGAGGAGGCAAGUCCCCCUGCUGCGCCACCAGCUGCCACCAGCACAGAUGCCCUUCCAGGAGCCGCUGAGCCACUGCGGCCCCCUGUGGAGACGCAGGCGACAGCUGAGCCUCAGGAGCGAGCCCAGCCUGCACCAUCAGGCACUCCACCAACAGAAGGUCCGCCAUCUGAAGCUGCUCCCCAACCAGAGCUCCCAGCUCCUGUGGAGGAGAUCCCGCCAGCGGCAGCAACUCCUGCCCAGGAGCCUGUGGCCAUGGUGGUGCUGCCCCAGGCCACCCCUGCUGCUGCUGCUGCUGCUGCACCUCCACCUUCAGAAGUGGAACCGUUGGCAUUGCCCCAGGAGCUGAUGGCUGAGAGCCAGGCAGGCACCACCACGCUCAUGGUGACAGGGUUGACACCAGAGGAGCUAGCAGUGACUGCUGCUGCAGAGGCAGCUGCACAAGCUGCUGCCACUGAAGAGGCACAAGCCCUGGCCAUACAGGCGGUCUUGCAAGCUGCUCAGCAGGCUGUAAUGGGACCUGGAGAGGCCAUGGAUACAUCUGAAGCGGCGGCGACACAAGCAGGGCUGGGUCACUUGGGCUCAGAGGGCACUGAGGGCCAAGCCACCGCCAUCCCCAUUGUGCUAACCCAGCAAGAACUGGCUGCCCUCGUCCAGCAGCAGCACCAGCUUCAGGAAGCUCAGGCAGCUGCAGUGGCGGCGGCGGCGGUGGCGGCUGCUCAGCAGCAUCAGCCUCAGCACCCACUGCCUUCCCACUUACCUACGGAAGCCCUGGCCCCUGCUGACAGCCUCAAUGACCCUGCCAGUGAGAGCAACGGCCUCAACGAACUGGCUAGUGCAGUCACGAGUACAGUUGGGCUAUUACCCCCUACACCCACAGAGAGCCUUGCUCCAUCUAAUACUUUUGUGGCCCCACAACCUGUAGUGGUGGCCAGCCCAGCAAAGCUGCAAGCAGCAGCUGCUCUGACGGAGGUUGCUAAUGGGAUUGAACCAGCUCCAGUGAAACCAGAACCUCCCGCACAGCCUCCAAAGGUGGUUGUGAAGAAGGAAAACCAGUGGUUUGAUGUUGGUGUUGUCAAGGCAACCAAUAUGAUGGUGACACACUACUUCCUGCCUCCUGACGAUGCGCCUGCCACAGAAGAUGACUCGGGCACCAUACCUGAUUAUUCUCAACUCAAGAAGCAGGAAUUGCAGCCUGGUACCGCUUAUAAAUUCCGAGUGGCAGGAAUCAAUGCCUGUGGCCGGGGUCCUUUCAGCGAAAUCUCAGCAUUCAAGACCUGUCUGCCUGGCUUCCCUGGAGCGCCCUGCGCCAUUAAAAUCAGCAAGAGUCCAGAUGGAGCCCAUCUGACUUGGGAGCCCCCUUCUGUCACCUCUGGGAAGAUCACAGAGUACUCUGUGUAUCUGGCCAUCCAGAGCGCCCAGGCAGGUGAGCCGAAGAGUGCAGCCCCAGCUCAACUGGCCUUCAUGCGAGUUUACUGUGGGCCCAGCCCAUCGUGCCUGGUGCAGUCAGCUAGUCUCUCCAAUGCCCACAUAGACUACACCACCAAGCCUGCCAUCAUCUUCCGCAUUGCUGCCCGUAACGAGAAGGGCUAUGGCCCUGCCACACAAGUCCGGUGGCUGCAAGAAUCCAGUAAGGAUGGCUCCAUGAUAAAACCAGCCAACAAACGGCCGCUUUCCUCUCCCGACCUGAAAACCGCUCCAAAGAAGCCCAAAGCAGAUGGGCAGUGAAGGGCAUCCCAUGCUGUCCCCUCUUCCUGCCUGCUCUACAGCCUCUGCCUGAACCCCCCCCCCCCCAGCCAGUCAGCCGCCCCUUUGUGUGAAGGAAGAUAGAACCGCUGAAAGCACAUUUCAUACACCAUGGGGCUGGACUAUUGAGGUGGCGGAUGAAGAGACAGAGGCUCACGUGAGAGAGCCCCAAGCAGGGGCCAUCACUGUGCCAUGCCCCAACCUAGGAAGGGGGAAGAAGGAAUGGAGUUCCUCCCCGCCCUCUGCUACUGCCCCAUUUAACAUGGACAUUGAUGUUAGGGGUGGGUUUGAAGGGGGAAAUUGUUGUGGGGGAGUGGGGCUGUUGGGUUUUUUACAAGUUGCAGUUACAGGAAUGAAGUUCUUUUUGUAUUCCCCAACAUCCUGUGUGUUGGGGGUAGGAGAAUUAUUCUCCGUGCCUCCAGUUCUUGCCUCUGUACAGACCCUUUCCUCAGUUUAGUUUUUAGUGUCUGCGUUGGUAAUGGAGAGAGAGGAGUCUCUGCUGUUGGGGAGGGAGGGGAUGUGAUGUGGUUGGACCACAGAUAUAGCUACUUUGAACAUGGGGGGGGUGUUGCAGCUCAUUCUAGAAUAACUGUUCUAAUGCUCAGCCCAGGGAGCCUGUGGCCUCAACACCACCCCCUCUUUCCCUAUACAGACAGCAGUUCCUCUAGCAGCACACACUGAUUUUUCCCUCUGCCCUUCCCUCUCCAGGCUACAAGGUGGCAUGUCUAGGCAAAUAUCUUGCCCUUCCUCUCCAUUGUUUUGUAUAAAACUUUUUUAGGAAAAAAAUUAAAAGGGGGGGGGUGAAGCCUGACCCACUGGGGCAGGGUGAUAUGCUAGGAACAAGGCUGCAGGACAACACUUUGACUGUUGAAAUACAACUUCCCCUCCAUUUGGGGUAGGGAUCUCUGUUUCCCACUCUGCAGGAAUAUAUCCCCUCCACCGCCUCCCACUCUGGCUGCCUCUCUGGACACUCCACAAGGGGAGGGGAGAGGAGCAGUCAGGCCUUAUUCUUUAGAUAUGGUGGGGGAUAGACUAUGAGAUGCAAAGCAAGCACCCGCUUGGUGCACACUGAUGAUUGCUGUGUCCUACCUCUCCAUUGUCAAAGAGAUGGGCAGGCAAAGCAGCCCCAUCCCAAAAGAAACCCAGGAGCAGACCCUUCCCUGCAACUUGCUCUGCCUCCUGGUCUUUUGUAUUAUAGUGUAUUUCGCCGUGUCUCCCUUUCCUGUUCAGACCCUAAGAUUCCUCCUGCCCUUCCUCUCUCCUACCCCAUUUAUUUUCCAUCAAGACAGGAACAGCCCUCAUAGGAGUUUCCCACAGCUAUCCCCCCUCCCCCUAGUGCUGCGUAUCUGUCGUUUUUGUGCUAUUUUGAACAAUUAAAGACUUUUUUUUUUUUUUUUGAAA